AUGACAGAACAUGUUGAAAAACGCCUACUAUCUGCGACAUGCAAGAGAAAUUCCGCAAAGCAAUAUGGGAAUACGAGAAAAUGUACUUCUAACCCUCUCUUCCCUCUCCUCCUCUCCUCCUCUCCUCCCUACCCUAUACAUCGUACCCCAUACCCCAUCCAAUACAUCAUACAAACAUCCAUCACUAACCUUCCCCUUCCCUACCUCAGCAUCGCUACCACGCAAAAGAUGAUCCAAGCCAGCGAUAUCCUCCGCAUCUCCAUCUAUGCCACGACGCAGAACCGCGCGCGAUUAGGCGAGACGUGCGCUGAGCUUCAUAUUCCUAAUGCCGUGGAGCAUGCGGAUAAGACGGCUUUUAGUAUGUGGAUCCCCUCCAUAUCCCAACACUUCGACCGCGCCACCCCCGCCUCCGUCAUCCUCGUUGGUAUCGAAUCGCACAUCUGCAUUACGCAAACUACCUUAGACUUGCUCGCCCAUGGCCACCAGGUAUACGUACUAGCCGACGGCAUAAGCAGCUGUAACCCACAAGAAAUUCCUAUAGCGCUCGCGCGACUGCGUGCUGCCGGGGCCGUGGUGACGACUUCCGAGUCAAUUAUGUAUGAGAUGAUGGGGGAUGCGAGUAUUCCUGAGUUUAAAGCAAUUGCUACUCUAGUGAAGGAAUCUUCGGCGAGUACGAAGGAUGUGAUGAGUACCCUUCUUAGUAAGAUGUGA